UGGGUUCGCAAGAGAAGGUGACGUGCAUCUAUCGCUCAGAUGACAAGACAACAAGGCAGUCAUGUGUCACGACAUAUCGUAGCUAUGGCAGAGAGCUCCAAAACACUACAGACAGACAGUCAGCACGCCAAUGUCAAGUCUCCUUUCCUUCCGCUGUGUGAGUUUCUGUCUGUCUGUCUGUCUGUCUGUCUGCACACAGCUCGCUUGCCGUAUAUAACAUGUCCAUGUACAAAUACAAAUACAAAUACAAAUACACACACCUACCUUCCCCCGCCCUCGCCCUCGCCUGUCGACUCUCCUGUGUGGUUGCUGUGCCCGUGUGUGUGUGUCCAUACUGACGUUCUGGCUACGGGUGUGCUCUCGUGCGUGCGUGUGUGUGUGAGGGGGUGGGCGUACGUUGCCUUUAGUGUCUAUCAUGAUGUCUUUUGGUUGUGUUUGGACAAAAAUGAUGAUUGGAAAAGGACAUAACAGAAUAAGGCAGGAAAAUAUGUACACACGGACGACACAGAAGCCGUCAGUCCGUUCGUCUGUGUCGCCCUCCCCUCUGUCUCUCCUCCCUCUCCAUCUGCUUGCUCGCCCAUCUUCCCUCACUCGUUCUCGUCUGUGUUUUCGCCCUCCUCGUCCUCGCCGAUCAGGCCCAUGACGUCGACGGGCUUGUCCUUCUUGAAAGGUUUCUUCUCACCCGAGGGCGGGGGUGCGGAGGGAGCGCCGGGCAUCAGGGUGAUGCUGAAGUCGGGUGUGUCAGCCGUCACCGUGAGGCUCUUGAUGCUCCAGCCGCCCUCGUUGGUCUCCUUGAUGAGGUGCGCCACGCUCGCCGAGAGCUCAGCCUUCCAGCCGUCCUUGGUUUUCGUCGCCAGCACGGUGGCCGUGGUGGUAGUGGUGUCGAUGGUGGUGCUGGUGUUGGUGUGCGGGAAGAGGCAGCCCUCCUUGAAGAUGUCCAGCGCCACACCACCGUCGUCCAGCCACUGGAGGUUGCUGAGCACACACGCACGCACUCCCACAUACGCCUCCAUGCGUCGCCCCACCAAUGCAUGCAGUUUUGCAUUACCUGCCGAGCUCCAUGUGACCGAAGGCGCACUUGACGUCCAGGCUGCCGGUGUCGGUGCCCGCCUUGGUCAGCAGUUCCUCGACGUGCUUGAGGGCCAGCAUGUUGUCGUGCAUGCACACUUGGAGCUGCUCCUGUUUGUCGCCGAGUGCCAGCAGCAGCUCCUUGGGCUCACAGUUCACGUCAGCAAUGAGUAUGUCGCCAGCCUCGAUGCCAUCCUUGAGCGAGAUGCUGCCCAUCUGCACCACUUGCAGCGCAUUGUGGAUGUCGUGAGGAGGGCCAAAGGCCACCACACACAGGCUCUUGGAGCUGAGGGCAGCGUGGACGUAGCGCAUGCCGCUGACGAAUGUGCUGGUGUCCGCCGGCAGCAGUGACGGCUGCGUGAGUGGUGUGGCGCUCGCUGGGCUUGGCGGCUGCCGCAAAAUGCGUCAAGCAGCUCCCGGAAGGAGGGCGAGGACGCGCGUUGCUGACUGACGCGUUCAGGAACUCGCGGACAAAACGGGAGAUCUGUGGCAGGAUGCUUCGACGUAUGUUGAUGCUUCGUCCCCAAUUCUCGACG